GAUGGCUGGAGUGACAGCUAAAUGUGACCAGCAUGCCUUGAUGUAAUGGCUGCCGCUCAAACUGUGCGAAGUGGGCGAAGUUUCCAGCGUGGAGAGGGACAAUGGUAUUUGUGGCUAGCAAGGAUCCUGUUUGCAAGUACAUUGCUCCUGAAGCACAAGCACGCGCAGCAAGUCUUGAGGCCUUCAAUUGGAUGUCCCGCAGCUGUGAGUACUGAGGAUUUUUGGUCCGCUGCGCAAUGGUUUGCGCUAAUGUAUUUCAUGGUGGACUUUGGUAGCUGCUGCUUCUUCGCCUGCAGUAGCAUUUGGAUUCGUCAAAGCCUAAGUCAUUGCGGAAGGUCACUGAGCUGUUUGUCGGCGCUGCUGGCGAGCUGGGGCUUCUUUGCGUAUGUGCGAGCCUUUGCCUUCGACCUUCGAUGUGUUGGCAUUUUUGGCGUCAUUGCCAUGCUAUGCUUCUUUGUAUUCGUCGUGUCCACAGUGAUUUGGUGGCUGCUGGUAGAGUGUGAUGCUUGUCAGUUGGAAGCGACUGGUCUUGGAGAUGAUGAUUCUGGAUCUUGCGCGUUGAUUGCCAAUCCUCUGACAUGGGGAUGUUGCCGCCUCUUCUCUCAGCUGUGCUGCAGCCUGGAGGCCUGGCCCAGUGGUAGAGGAAGCGCAGAGGACUUGGCUGAGAGGGGUGAUGCGAGCCCGCAUGGCAGGGACACACGACCUUCCCCAUCUCCAGACACAUCCACGAGUCGUGGUAUGCGGGGUAGUCCAAUAGGCAGCAGUGGUGGCAGCAAAGACAACGAACACAAGAUCACCUUCCGAGUGCUUGGCCGAAAUGGCGAGCUACUCUUUGCAUCACGGUCAAAGCAAACCGUGCGUACAUGGAUUAAGCGGAACUUGGACAGAGAGAAGCGAAAAGGAGUCAUCAUAGAGGAGAAACGCAGAUCCUCAAGGCGUUCCCUGAAGCGCUUGUCGCCAUCAGCUCAAGGCAGGAAUUGGCUCGAACUUCAAAACUGACAUCUGCCAGAACUGAGAGCUAGUGCUGAGUCAUGCCGAGCCCACGGAAGUAGACGAUCCAAUGACCAGCACUUGCAACACUGACACGCAGCUAUUCAAGGCCUAGCAGAUGCUGAGUCACUUUAGGUGCAGUGCUGUGCCGCGACCCAGAGCGCAAGGAUUCAGAAA